CCAGGCACGAAAAGCCGCAAGCACUCAGCCAAAACUGACCUUGGAAGGGGAACAGAUGAUAACUGAAAUGAAAGAGUUGCAGUCUCGGAUAAGCAGCGUACAGAUGGAUCUGGCGAUGAAAGAAGCCUCAAUCAAUGCCGUGAAAGAAGAGACGGAGUCUCUGCGCAGACACCUGCGAGAUGUGUCAGAUUCCAAAAUGCAAGAGAAGCAAAUCCUAGUGGAGGAUGUCACCCAGCUGAAGAAGCUUGCAGAUGUAUCGACUCAAGAUAUUGCCCACAAAGAGGAAGAACGAAAGAAUAUCAAUCGUGAACUACACAACACCAUCCAAAGAGUGAAGGAGAAGCACAGGGAGAGCGCCCUCCUGCAAACCCAGCUUCAGGAGCAAAUAAAGCAGCAUGAACGUGCAGAAGCCCAACUUGUAGAAAAGAGGUCAGAUUUCCUAAGGAUGCAGACAGCCUUACAUCAGCUCGAAGAACAAUACCUAACAACGAGUCAGUCCGUCCACGAGCAGAUCGCCUCUGAGCUCCGAAAAGAAGCAGAAAAACUAAGAUAUCAGCUGAGAGAAAAGCAGAUGUCUGCAGAUGAAGAUAAAUAUUUAAGAAACAAAAUGGCAGAAGACUGUGCCCGUCUCACCAAAGAGAAUGGUGUCUUGCAGUCCCGUGUACUGGAAGCAACCAAACAACUUGAAAGGGAGCAGCAGCUUAGAGAAGAUGAAAGUAUAAAACGUACAAAAAGGAUUUCUGAACUGACAGCUGGGAAGGAAAAAGAGAGGCAGCUGGAACUGAUGCUUUCACACCUGAAACGACUGGUACAAGAUGAAAAGGAGAAAGUGUCUGCAGCACAGGACCAGAUGCUGCAUGUACAACAAGGAAGGAAGUCUGUGGAGCUGAAUGGAAGUUCCCUUCGGAGCCAGCUGACAGAUUUAGAGAAUAAGCUCUCAAGUGUUAAGCUGGAAAACUCCCAGCUGCGCAUGGAGAAGGCCAGUUUGGUGGAGCACAUCUCUCAGCUGCAUAAGCAGAUCGCAGACAGAAAAGAUGAAAUCGGUCACAUGCAAGGUCACGUGGACAGCUUGUGCUACGAUAUGAACAGCCUACAGCUUCAAAGAGAUCUCAAUGAAUCCUCACAAAGGCAAGCAUGGCAGCAGCUCUCCAACAUCGCGCAGGGGGUGCACAAUCUGGCCAACGUAAUGACUCUAAAGUAAACGGUCCCUGCAGCCAUACAUGCUCUAAAACAUAUCUAAACCACAAUUAUAACCACGUGUAAUGAGCUUGAGAUCCUGUGUUGUGUUUAGGAUACUGUUGGUAAAAUUAUAUUUUUAAUAAUAUAAUAUUUUUCAUAUAUAUUGGAUAUAUAUAAAUAAAUUGUGUUUAAUGGCAAGCGUGGAAAUGAUCUUGACAAAUAGAUAAUGUAAACGUACAUAUAUACAUCCAGUCUUUGACAGUGA